UUUUAAUUUCAAAAGAUGUCCUCAUCCUUCCUUUCCUCUCCCUUGUUUUUUUCUUUAAUACCCCUUUUAAUUCCCUCAUUUUAUCCCCCUGUCGAAAGUGCCUUCCCCUCUUCAGAAUCUUCAAUUUUAGAUAAUGCUGUGAUAGGAGAUCCUUUAGUUGAUUGUCUCGAAGAACGUGUAAAAUUAACAUUUCAAACGCAAAAACCUUUUACUGGAAGAAUUUUUGUUAAAGGAAUGGUGGAUAAUGAAAAGUGUGUGGAAAAUUAUAGGCAGAAUAGUCAAACAAAGGUCGAAUUUGAAUUGGCCAAUGGAGCUUGCAAUAUGAGACGAUCAAGAAAAUUAGGACCAGAACAACGAGGUGUAGAACAGUCUAUUACUGUGACGGAAGCAGAUAAAGUAGUUACUAAUCGCUUUGAUGUUAGCAUGAUACCCACAACAGAGUUGAUUGAUACUGCCAGAAUGCCUCUCUGUACGUACACUGUAAGAAGAGGUUCUGUGAAUGGACCGAUUGUGACUUAUGCAAGUGUGGGGGAGCCUGUAUUUCAUGUAUGGCAAUGCGAUUCAGACAUGUUUUCAAUGUUAGUCCACAACUGUUUUGUAGAUGAUGGGGCUGGAAAGGAUCGGAAACCUUUAAUUGAUGAGCAUGGCUGUACAAAUGACCCAAUAAUAGUUUCUGAUUUAACAUAUAAUAGUCAAGCAAAUUUGGCAUUUACAGAAGUUAAUGUUUUUAAGGUAGGGGAACAACAAAAAAAUUUCAAAAAAUUUUUUCCCCCAAAAAAGUUUGCCGACAAAGUAACAACGUAUUUUCAAUGUGCAGUCAGUACUUGCAUGAUUUCUGAAGGAAUGUGUUCUGGGAAAACUCCCCCUCGUUGUGGCCCAAAUAAUCGUCGGAGACGAACGACUGGAGAUGCUAAAGAAAUUGAAAACAAUUCUUCGAUAUCCGCGCCAUUUUCACCUGAUGACCCGUUUACGAUGGAUUUGUCUGCUGAAAGAAUUCAUGUUUUGGAUUUGGAUGAUGAAGAAACUGGAGAAGAGGCGGAGGAACGGAGAGAAUUGCUUAAAGUUGGGAAAGAUUUUUCAACAAAUUCGCGUCUCGGACUGACUACAGGGCCAUACGCGGUCUCCCCUCUUUCCCAAUCAACCGUCUGUGUUAGUGAAAAUAUUUUUGGUGCUGCUCUAGCAGGGAUUGGUUUGCUAGUUUUUUGUUUUCCGUUGGUUACUGGAUUACUUAUUUGGCGUCAACGUAAAAUGGCAAAAAUAAGUUGGCAUCGAUAG